AUGACCGUGCAACAGAGACCAUGGUGGAAAGAUAGCGUCGUUUACCAAAUAUAUCCUGCUAGUUUCAAGGACAGCAACGGGGAUGGCAUUGGUGAUUUGAAAGGCAUCAUGUCCGAACUGGACUACAUUCGCUCGAUAGGGGUGGAUGUGAUUUGGUACGUGACUUUUGGGUCCAUGUACCGAAUGAGUGACCUACCCGUGCGUGUGUUGACUGGACCUAUCAUCAGUCAAGCGCAUGCAGGCGAGGCACUUAACUUGGUACUCUGCAUCGUGUCUCGGAUUCUUGCUAACAUCAGACAGGGUGCGCCUCAUGUUCUACGACAAUCUUUGAUGAGGUCACAACUAAUCUCGCCUCAGAUUUGUCCCAUGUAUGACUCUCCUCAAGUCGACAUGGGCUAUGACAUCCGCGACUACGAAGACAUAUACGCACCAUAUGGCACGUUGCAAGAUAUGGAGCGUUUGAUAGAUGAGACGCAUUCUCGCGGCAUGCGCAUCAUCCUUGAUCUCGUGGUCAAUCAUACGUCUGACCAGGUAUCACGUUAUGUCAAUGGUGAGCGCAAGCCACCAAACAACUGGGUUGGCAAUUUUACCGGCAGCGUGUGGCAAUGGGAUGAGCACACACAAGAGUACUACCUACAUCUAUUCUGUCCUGAGCAACCCGAUCUGAACUGGGAGAACCCCGAAACUCGACAGGCCAUCUACAAAUCCGCAAUGGAAUUCUGGUUAGAACGCGGUGUUGACGGUUUCCGUGUCGACACGGUAAAUAUGUACAGCAAGGGCGAGAUGCUGGAUGCACCAAUAACCGAUCCAUCUUCGGAGUGGCAAUUUGCAGGCUAUCAAUAUUGCAACGGACCAAGGAUGGCCGAAUUUCUGGCGGAGAUGAACGUAAUAUUGGAAAAGUACGAUGCCAUGACGGUUGGCGAGUGCCCAAAUACACCGGAUAUGAGACGUGUGCUACAGUAUGUGUCUGCAAAGGAGAAGCAGCUGAAUAUGGUCUUUCAAUUUCCUUCCGAUGGCUGGACAACCGUAUUUCUCGAGAAUCACGACCAAUCCCGUAGUGUCACCCGCUUCACAUCCGAUGCGCCUCAGCAUCGCGUCGCUGGUGGGAAGAUGCUCGCCCUAAUGAUGGCUGCGCUCUCGGGAACGCUGUUCAUUUAUCAAGGGCAGGAGAUUGGCAUGACAAAUUUUCCAGAGACUUGGGAUAUGAGCGAGUACAAGGAUGUCGACUCGUCCAACUACUACAAAAUGGUGGCGCAGCGAACCAAUAGUGACCCCACAGCUCUUGCAGCUGCGAAGGCUUCUCUUCAGCACCUCGCCCGAGACCACGCUCGAGUACCAAUGAGCUGGUCUACCGCGCCUCACAACGGCUUCAGUCCACCAGACUCGAAAGCCGUGCCUUGGAUGCGACCCCUCGAAGACGCUGCAACCUGCAACGCUGAGCAACAGAAAAUGGACAAGACUUCGGUGCUAGCGUUUUGGAAGCGCAUUUUAAAAGUGCGCAAGGAAUGGAAUGAUUUGCUUGUGCAUGGCGAGUACGACGACCUGGAUGUUGAGCAUCCUGACAUGUAUUGCUUCACCAAGAGUUGGCAAGGUAAGAAGGCGCUCGCGAUCUGCAAUUUCACGGACAGAGCCCAAAAGCUGGAGUUUACAGCAAGCGUCAAAGACGAUAAGAAGGAGCUAUUAGUCAGCAGCGCAGAUGAGCAUGUGGAGGGGGAGCUGAAGGCAUUUGAGGGACGCAUAUACUUACUUGAGUAA